GUUGAAACUUUGUUUUGAAGGUAAUCUUAGAAACGUACUGAAUACACAUCAAAAUUGACCAGUCAAGGUACAGAAGGAUAUAUAAUACGUUUAUCCUACAAUGCAUGUUUUAUCCAUCAUACAUCUAUUUGUAAACAAAGAUUGUAUACCAAGAUGAAAGAUGACAAGAACAUUUGAAUUAUUGGCUGGUUGGACACUGAUCACAGUGACCUCUAUAGCUUACAUCUAUUACACAGUUUGGAUUAUUGUUCUGCCCUUCGUUGACAAAGAUCAAAUCUUCCAUCAAGUCUUUCCAGACCAUAAAUAUGCAUUAGGUAUUCCACUGCUGAUGGGUGUCACAGGAUUAGCUGCUAUAGGUUUAUUUGUAUUACUGACUUACAGAGGACAGAGAGUUAAAUCAAACUGACAGAUUGGUUCUUUACAAAAUGUACAACAGAUAUUCAUUGAAACAUUUAUGUCUCAUUAUAGUGCAAUAUUCUUUUAUUUUUCCAAUAAAAUAUUAACAUAAACAUG